AACUACAAAUCCCAUGCAUCUUUUCGUUGAGAACGUUGAUUCUUGGGAGUGAAGGCCGUGAAUGGUUACAGUGAGCAGAACUGUUAGAAAUUGGAAAGCAAACACGUUGAGUCUGGAAGAUUAAUUUUCCCUUGUCGUUGCAGGACGUUCAAGUGAUAGGUUAAAAUGACAACAGGAGCGGAUGUUCGGGAUAUCCUUGAACUGGGGGGAGGAGAAGUGGAUGCUGGACCAAUCAGCAAAAAGGAUAUAAUUAACUCUGAUAAGAAAAAGUCAAAAAAAUCUACUGAGACCCUGACAUUUAAAAGACCAGAGGGCAUGCACAGAGAAGUUUAUGCACUUCUUUAUUCUGACAAGAAAGAUGCACCUCCAUUACUACCUAGUGACACAACACAGGGCUAUCGUACAGUGAAAGCCAAGCUUGGAUGUAAAAAAGUGCGGCCAUGGAAGUGGAUGCCUUUCACAAACCCAGCGCGGAAAGACGGAGCGAUAUUUUACCAUUGGAGGCGCUUGGCUGAUGAAGGGAAGGAUUACCCAUUUGCCAGAUUUAAUAAAACAGUGCAGGUUCCAGUAUAUUCUGAACAGGAGUAUCAAAUGUAUCUUCAUGACGAUGGAUGGACUAAAGUAGAGACGGAUCACCUUUUUGACCUCUGCAAGCGCUUUGAUCAAAGGUUUAUUGUCAUUCAUGACCGCUACGACCAUCAGCAGUUUAGGAAAAGAUCAGUUGAAGAUUUAAAGGAACGUUACUAUACCAUUUGUGCCAAGCUAACAAAGAUUCGUGCACCAUCAGGCAGUGAUCCAAAAAUCUAUGUGUUUGAUGCAGGCCAUGAAAGACGCAGAAAGGAGCAGUUGGAAAGGCUAUAUCAUCGCACUCCUGAGCAAGUGGCAGAAGAAGAGUAUCUAAUACAGGAAUUGAGAAAGAUAGAGACAAGGAAAAAAGAGAGGGAGAAGAAGGCACAAGACCUGCAAAAGCUCAUUACAGCUGCUGACACCACUACAGAGAUGCGACGUGCAGAACGGAAAGCUACAAAAAAGAAACUACCCCAAAAACGGGAGACAGAAAAGCCAGCUGUUCCUGAGACAGCGGGCAUCAAAUUUCCAGACUUCAAAUCAGCAGGUGUCACACUCAGAAGCCAAAGGAUGAAACUGCCAAGCUCUGUGGGACAGAAGAAGAUUAAAGCCAUUGAACAGAUUCUAACAGAACAGGGAGUUGAUCUGAACCCGAUGCCAACUGAGGAGAUUGUGCAAAUGUUCAAUGAGUUGCGCAGUGACCUGGUUUUGGUAUAUGAGCUGAAACAGGCACAUGCCAACUGCGAGUAUGAGCAGCAGAUGCUACGGCACAGAUACGAGGCCCUCCUGAAGGCAGGUGGGGCUGCUGCAGCUGCUGGCGAGGGGCUUGGACCUGAAGGACAGAUGGGGCUCGGGCCUGAUGACUCAAAAGGAGAAGGAAAGGACCACAUCAUUGAUGUAGUGGGAGCCCCUCUAACACCAAACUCUAGGAAACGGAGAGAAUCGGCUUCCAGUUCUUCUUCAAUUAAGAAAGCAAAGAAACUCUAAAUGUAUUGAUUGAGCCAUUUUUGACGAGAGACGUGGAGCAGACUGAGCAGCAGGACUGUUUGGAUGGGAUUGGACUUUGGAAGCCCCCAGAAUUGACAUCAACUCCAGCCUCUUGGUUGUCGUGUAUGGGGCUCUGGGCGCCACGUUUGGAAGUAAAUGUUCACUGAAGAUGCCAGCGGCUCAAAGCUACGUGGCUGUGCAGAUAACGGAUCAACCGACUCGACACGCUGUGGCCAGACGUCCAUUGCCAGACUUUUGUUUUCCUGUCUUUUUUAUCGUCUUUCUUGACUGGUUUGAGCCUUCAGUUCCUUUACUGUUAAUGCUACUUGAUGUCUCCUUCUUCAGCUUAG